AUGUCUACCAGAUCCUCUCCCUUUCGACGAGCAGGCUCUCCAAGUUCACCAUCUGCUUAUAGAGCAAGCACUCCUCCCAGUACUUCGAGAGUACAAGCAUCGCCGUUAUCAUCCCCAUCCAAGCUAAAGCACUCCUACACUGUUUCGGAAGAGGAAGAGGAAGAGUCUAUGAUUAUUACACCUACCAAGUCGAACACAAUGAGAGCACCAGAAGUACCUCUUACACCCUCCCCAGCAAGGAAAUUGCCGACUCCUCCGAGCCUUCGACAGCCAAUAUACCCACAAAGAAACGUACCAACAGCAGGUGACGAUCUGGCCAAACUUCCACCUGCCUUGCUCCAUUCACUUAGAGAGUCGUUCUCCGUGCUGGAUUCUAACUCAACAGGCACGAUAAAUCCAUCUUCAGUUGCCGAGACUCUGCAGUCCCUCGGUCUGAGCACGAACGAAAUGUCACAACUGUUUCCACCAGGACAACCACAACAGAUAUCUUUACCCCAAUAUCUGAACUCAUUGGCAGCUGCUCUGGUGAACAUAUCGCCUCAACAAGAACUACUUAACGCUCUCUCAGCUUUUGAUGACGACGACAGUGGUCAGAUAGAUGUGGUAGAGCUGCGAAGAGCUCUUCUAGCAACACCACCUGAGCCGGGCGAGAGAGCACUAUCGGAAAAAGAUAUCGAUGAGGCACUGAAAGGUUUCACUGGUCGUCGUAUACUGGCAAAGUCUGGCGUUGGACUCGCUGGCCUGCGAGGCAUAGGCACACCUGCAGGAAGACAGAAGAAUGGGGAUGUAUUCAGAUAUCAUGAGUUUGUCAGCAAUCUCUCAGGUGGUCCUGAUCCUCAUCUCCAACCACAACCAAUGCCUGCCAGAUAG